CCAUCACCGACUUGAGUCCUAAAACAGAUUUAUAUAUAAAAUAAACUGUGAAGUCGAACACGAUUUAGGUUUUCCAGCACUUCCCUAACAGACAUCUUACGAACAAACAACAAUUGGCAAUCUCAUCUCUCUCACUUCUACUCCACCAAACACCUUUUCGCAACAAUCAUAUAUACAGACAACCAUGAAAGUCCUCCUCAUCGGCGCAACUGGCAACCUAGGUCUCCGCCUCGUAGCUGCACUCCUCACCCACAACCACACCGUCGUCGCAUUCGUGCGCUCCGCCCAGAAACUGCAAAACCUCGUCCCGGAGUCAAUAUAUCGCCAAAUAAGUGUCGUCCAAGGCUCAGCGAAAGACUCCGAUGCCAUCAAACGUGCAAUCCUAGACGCUAAUUGCGAUGCGGUAGUCAACACCGCGGGAGUAGCCGCCAUGGCGCCCUGGGCGAAAGGCGACCUACCCGAGAUCUUCAAAGCGGUCGUAGAAGGUGUGAAGGAUGCAGGCGAGGAGAGGAAGAAGCCGUUGAGGACGUGGUUUCUAGCGGGGCAGUCGGUGCUGUGCUAUCCAGGCACGCAGUCGAUGCUUUCAGAUUUUAUACCCAUCUUCCUCGAGCACCGCCAGAACCUCUCCCUCCUGCAUUCUCUUCCGCCCAACUCAAUCGACUGGUCCCUCCUCUGUCCCAACACUAUGAUCCCCUCAUCCGCAACCAUCACCGUGCCCGCCUCGCCCACGUCGAAACUAUCCGCCAGCGCAACCGUUCCGCCGUCGUGGAAGGACUCCUGGGUCCGCCACGUCCCGCUGCUUGGGAGAAGAGUGGUCUGCGCGAUGAACGCGUCGAAGUAUAAGACGACGCUGGAGCAGAAUGCGGAGUUUAUCGCGGCAGAUUUGGAGGCGGGGCAGAGUCAGUGGAGCGGGAAGACGGUGGGUGUUAUUGAUGAGUCGAAUGUGUGAGGGUCAUGGGCGGGAGUGUGAUUUAGAGCCUCUCUCCUUCUCUCUGUUUGACACCGUAGAACUGGGUUUUCAAUUUGCGUAUUUGAUUUUUCUUGAGCGUGUAGGAUUAAUGGGAUUGGCGUAAAGGGAGACUGUCACGGCUAAGUAUCUCCUAAUUUAUAAUCUCUAGACAGCGCAGAUUUAUAUAAACGGGGGGAUAGGGAGGAAACACAAUCGUAUCAUGAACUUUCAGAUCGAUCUCCUGAAG